AUGGAUAAGUACCCCGAAGGAAGCAGGGAGUGGAUGAGCGAAAUAACGCGGCUGAAAGCAGCAAAGCCAUGCCCGUGGACCAAGGAGCAAUGGGAGGCUUCUAUAGCAAGAAGAAAUGAACCAGAGAAGCCUCGGUUUAUACCCAUCGUCCUUGGAGGAGCACUCGAUACUCCUGAGAAGAUCCAGGAGAAAGCUGGCCUGCCAGAACCACCUAAAAUCGAAACCACUCAUACCGUUUCCGAAUUUGGACCUCCACUCCCACCCGAUAAACAAGAGACAAGCGACACGCCCAACCACCCUCCCACCCCGCCUACCAUAUUAAUCGUUUCUAACCGGACAUUCAGUCUAUCACAAUUGAGAGAGAAAGAGAAUUACUGGGACUACGACAAGAGGAAAUCUAGGCGAGUUACGUGGGGUUUGCGAAACCGAUCAAAGCUGGGACACAAAUUGGGUAUUUGCUGGUACUAUAACUAG